UUAAACUGUCAAAGUGAGGAACACUUUUGGGUUUGUCCCAUAAGCAGCAAAUUACACAUCACUACUGGAUAUAAAACAUCUGGACAACAAAAGGCUCAAAGGAGUUUACAGUGAGGCAGCUGUGAGUGAGCGCAGCAGACGGUCUGAUUCCUUCAACAUGAAUCGUGCUCUGCUCGUGUUGGCGUUGUCUCUGCUGGCCACGGUGGCAGCCCAGUACCAUGACCACCACGACAUGCAAGAUAUGGACUGGGUCAACGGCUACCGACAGGGCUUCAACUUCCAGUGUCCCCAUGGGGAAGUCCUCGUGGCCAUCAGGAGCUACUUUAGCGCGAGGGAUGGUUCGGAUCGUCUGUGGUCUUUUGAGUGCCAGCCCACACCGGAGGGUCUAGGGGAGCCCACUGACUGCUGGUGGGAUGACAUCAACCGUGCUGGGAUGGAAUGGACAUCAACAUGCACUCGUAACGGUCUGGUAGCAGGAGUCCAAAGCAAGUACUUUGAGUCUGUUCUUGACCGUGAAUGGCAGUUCUACUGCUGCUACUACAAACGCCGCUGUCCCUACUCCUGCAUGAAGACCACGGACAUCCCAGAAUACUACAGAGAGGAGGGCGAGCUGGUUAUCCCUAGUUAUGGCUACUUCAUCCGAGGCGCCCAGACCACCUUCAGUGGAGUGCUAAGAGAUCGGCAGUGGAAGUACAUCCUGUGCAGGAUGACAGACUUUGACUGUGAAUUUGACAAUUUAUAGACCUCUAAGCAGCUAAGCAAGUGUUUUGUUUUUUUGUUUUUUUUUUCUAUCUCAAAUAUCUAUCUACUCUAACAUUUAGAUAAAACAAUAAUACUGACUUUGUACAAAACUGAUAUGGUUUAUGUUAUAGUUAAUACAUAAACCAAAUGUCUAUAAUAUAUAUGUGUGUGUAUAAUCAUGAUUGUUUGUUCCAGUCUAGCAUGCAAAAUACCUGUUCAUAUAAAGGUAACUGUUAAAAUAAUCAUACGCACAGAGGGUCUGCAGGGGACUGAGCUCAGACUUUGGCCAGCUUAAUGUUUCAUUUAGUUGAGAAUGGAGCUAAAUGUUCUCUGGCAGCAUAUGAAAGUAGUUUUCCAAAACAAACACAAUUAUUUGUUGCUGUGUUCAUGGUGGUGGAAAACAUUGCAUCAGAAUCUGCUCCAGGAUCUUUUGGGUAACACCAUGUGACAGGGACAGUUAGGCAAAACGGUUCAUUUUCACACUCAUAAAAGUAUUCAUUGGGCUUUGGGAUGUGAUGAAUUGGGAUACUGUCUUGGAAGCAGCUAUUUUAAAUGAAUGUGUACUUUGAAAUGUGUAUGUGUUGGAAGUCUUGAAAAUUAUGGCCAAAGCAUGAAGUUUGCACGCAAUGAAAUGUGUCCCACCAACUUUCAUAUGCCUUUGCAUCUCUUUCAUUAAAGCGUGUUUCUGUGCAGAUCACAGCUCUA